AUGAAGAGGUGCAAAUCGGAUGAGCUGCAUCAAUCAGACGAAGACUCUGCUGGGGCUGAAGAUGCCCCUGUCCUGUCCACCAUGGAUGCCAAGGCUGGGGAUUCAGCUGCCGCCCUGUCAGAUUUGGCUGCCUCCAAUCCUAACCCUCCGCCCCAUCCUGUUACCCGGAGUAAACCUCCUGAUUUAAAGAAGAUACAACAGCUGUCUGAGGGAUCUAUGUUUGGCCAUGGCCUUAAGCAUCUUUUCCAUAGCCGCAGACGGUCCCGGGAACGGGAGCACCAUAACUCCCAGGAGUCAUCACAGCAGCAGCAGCACCAGCAGCACCAUGGCAUGUCUGACCACGACUCCCCAGACGAAAAAGAACGUUCCCCUGAGAUGCACCGUGUCUCCUAUGCCAUGUCUCUCCACGAUCUUCCGGCUCGGCCCACUGCCUUCAACAGGGUGUUGCAGCAGAUCCGCUCCCGUCCUUCCAUCAAGAGGGGAACCAGCUUGCACAGCGGCAGUCGGCGAGCCAAGAGUGGCUCCUUGGAACCCCAGAAAAUCAGCCCGCACCUUGUCCGCAAGGCCCCCCAAGAUAGCAGCCUGACAGCAAUACUGCACCAACACCAAGGCCGGCCAAGAUCUUCAUCCACCACUGACACCGCUCUCCUUAUGGCCGAGGGUGGGACCGUAUACCUCCUGGCAGAAGAGUCUGACUGCCUCGCUGACAAGUUGGAUAAAGGGGAUGUGAGCCAAAUCAGCCUGCCUUCCAAUACAAGCCACGGUGAUGCUGAUGGCAACUUCUGCCUUGACGUUCCAGAUGGCAACCCAGACCCGCAGAGGACAAAGGCUGCCAUUGACCACCUGCACCAGAAGAUCCUCAAGAUCACCGAGCAGAUCAGGGUUGAGCAAGAGGCACGAGAUGACAAUGUGGCUGAGUACCUGAAGCUAGCUAACAACGCCGACAAGCAGCAGGCCUCUCGUAUCAAACAGGUCUUUGAGAAGAAGAACCAGAAGUCAGCCCAGACCAUCGCGCAGUUGCACAAGAAGCUUGAACAUUAUCACAAAAAGCUAAAGGAGAUUGAACAAAAUGGGCCCUCUCGACAGCCCAAAGACGUCUUCCGGGACAUGCACCAGGGCCUCAAGGACGUAGGGGCCAAUGUCCGCUCCAGCAUCAGUGGCUUUGGAGGCGGAGUGGUGGAGGGUGUCAAAGGUGGACUCUCAGGCCUUUCUCAAGCCACCCACACAGCUGUGGUCUCCAAACCCCGAGAGUUUGCAAGCUUGAUCCGCAACAAAUUUGGCAGCGCGGAUAACAUUGCCCACUUGAAGGACACGCUGGAAGAUGGGCACCCUGAGGAGGCCUCACGGACUCUGAGUGGCAGCGCCACUCUGGUUUCUAGUCCCAAAUACGGCAGUGACGAUGAGUGCUCCAGUGCCACUUCUGGCUCAGCAGCAGGUAGCAACUCGGGGGCGGGGGCGGGUGGCUUGGGCAGCCCCAAGUCUAACACCUUGGACAGUCACCACUAUAAUUUUGAGACCAUCAUAGAAGAACUGAGGGAGAUUAAGGACAUUCAGUCCCACCUUGAGGACUCCAUGGAAGACCUCAAGGCCCAGCUGCAGCGAGACUAUACGUAUAUGACUCAGUGCUUACAGGAAGAGCGUUAUAGAUAUGAACGCUUGGAAGAGCAGCUGAAUGACCUGACAGAACUCCACCAGAAUGAAAUGACCAAUCUCAAACAGGAGCUGGCCAGCAUGGAGGAGAAGGUGGCUUACCAGUCCUAUGAGAGGGCCAGAGACAUUCAGGAGGCUGUGGAAUCCUGCCUGACUCGUGUCACCAAGCUGGAACUUCAGCAGCAGCAGCAACAGGUGGUGCAGCUGGAAGGGGUGGAGAAUGCCAAUGCCCGGGCCCUGCUAGGCAAAUUCAUCAACGUCAUAUUGGCCUUGAUGGCUGUGCUGCUGGUCUUUGUCUCCACCAUUGCCAGUUUCAUCACGCCCUUGAUGAAGACCCGCAUGCGUCUCCUGAGCACCACCCUGCUAGUGCUUUUUCUCUUCCUCCUCUGGAAGCACUGGGACUCCAUCACUUACCUUCUGGAACACGUGCUGCUCCCUAGCUGAUUCUCUUGGCAGCCAGGUAUCGGGGCUGCAGGGUGUUUCGGGGUUUUUUUUCAUGUAGAGAGAGAGAGAGAACGAGGAGACCUUGCAACUCAGUUCCUUUGUCUAUACAGAGUAUGUAAUCCUCACUCGCUCUUCCCCUGCACAGCCAACUUUAUUCACGUCCAACACCAUCUCUCAGCCGUAGGGAGUGUAGCUGCAUCUGAGCUUGUGAGAGGCUGAAUAAGCCCCUCUUCCAGGAUGCCUUUGCAAGGGGUUGCGGGAAAGCAAAUGAAGUCCGGAAGAAUCUUUAGCUGCAACACCUUAGCCUUUUCUUUCAAAGCAAACAAAGGAAGUGAGGGCGAUUGCAAAGCUUUGUGCGCAGAGCUGCAGAACGCCAGUCUCCAUAAAGCGUUUUUUUGCGGGGUGUUUUUCUGCCUGAGAAGGAUGAUAAAAGGCUCAUUUCUACAUAUGAAGACAACGGUUCAACACUGAAGAUGAACUUUUUUCUUUUUCUUAAAACUGAUGCCCCUUAGAAACGUGCACAGAUUUCAUGGAGCAGAAUGAUGUACAUAUCACACCAGUUUAUCCAAGUCACAUGGCUACUUUACUUUCCAUUCCUGCAGAACAGCUGAUGUGCCAGAAGCGCACCUGGGCAUCUUUCUUAUGAUGGACUUGAUGUGAUUAUGGAUUUGGCUGGGUUGUUUCACCUGUUCAGUUUUGCCCAGUGGAGACAAGAUCAAAGGGGGGAAAGAAUCUACCACUCUGGUGCAAGUUCAGCAUUUUUGGUUGGCUUUGUUUUAUUUAUUUAUUUUUGCUUUUGUUUGAUAUCUUCAGGGACUAAAUGAGAAAUUCUGACAGUGCACCUGCGAAUCUUACAAUCUUUGCAAAUGUGUAUGUGUGUGUGUGUGUUAAUUUAUUGAUUUACAGUGGGUUCCUUUUUCUAAAUCAAGUAUUGUGUGAAAAUUCAGCUGCCUUCACAUCUCCUGUGUACCUAGAGAAAAUAGAACAUGAUUUUAAAAUGGUUGAAUAGUCCAUGCAAAAUUAGUGAGUCUCGAUUUGAAUUUGGCAAUGCUUCAUCAAAUUUCACCAGUAGAAAUUUUGCUCAUUACUUGCUCCAAGAGACAUUCCUCCAUCUUCAUAUUGAAGCGAUUCUAUUAAUAGUACAUUAUCGUAGUUUUUUUUAAAGCAGACAAAGAAGCAGCCAUCGUAUGCAGUAUCAGGCCCUUAGUGGAGGUUUCCUCACAAAAGAAGAAAAACCAACUAACUGAUCACUUCUGCUCUUAAGCUCCUGACAUAUUUCUUCAAUGUUUAUUUCAACUGCUUAUUUAUUCACACCUGCUAUUGUCCGAAGCAUUUUAUUUUACAGCAAAACUGUAUGGCACGUUUUAAAGCACAUUUUAAAAGGUUUAAGAUGAAAUGAUCUGGGUGAGGAGUUAUUAAUAUAAUAUUCGCAAAAAUAUAAUUGCUGUUGCUGGCAAAAGAGAAGCUUAUUGUAAGUUGAAUUCAGGUGGUUAUUUAAGGGAAGCUGUGAGUCAUGGGUAGAGACGCUGUCCCUCCCCAAGGUAAAUUCUAGUUGGGCCUGCAGUCACCCUCCACGUUUGCACCCACUUGCCCUCUAUCAAUCCCCCAUUUACCCCACACUUCCUCUCUUUCAUCCACACUCCCCCUACAUACAUAGACUCUCCAUUCUCUCUUGCUCCCUUUUCUCUCCUCUCUCACCCUGCCCUCCUUCCACAAAAAACGCCUAUGGGGGAGGACAGAGAGAGUAGGACUUAAGCCUUCACUCCCCAGUUGUCACCUCCCACAAAUACCCCCCACAUGGUAAUUAGGCUUUGGGGGGGGAGUCUCAGUUGCAUGUGGAUGUAAUUUUUUAAAAAAUGGGGGUGGGGAAAGAAGGAGAGGCUGUAGGCUGGAUUGAAAAGUGCCACAGAUGAUGCCCACCCCAUGCAGUAAAGAUAGUGUGUAAUCAAUGGACUAGAAUCGAGGUUUUCAGUACAAAACUCAAGCUUGAUUUAUAUGUGUCGCAAAGUGAAGUGGCAGAGUCUUAAGGUGGUGGAAUGGCCUCUUCUCAAUUCAGUGUCAUGGGUGGUGUGUCUAAGUGUAGGGUUAUAUUUUUGAUUGCUUGUUUAUGUUAGAAACAACAUUCCUGAAAGCAGAAACUCAGGAUAGCAGACAGAAGGCUGUCUAAAAGAGGCUCCCUUCUAUGCCUUGCUAGGUUUCUGCUUGCAAGAGUCAUUUUUACAUAGGGUUUUCAAAAACAUGAUUCACCUGCAGCCUAAGUUAUACAAUCUGCUGUACUUCGCAGGACUUCACCACCUCAUUCUGUUGCAUGUGUAAAUUUAGCCUUAGAUGUGAUUAAGGUCAAGCUUGCGCAAGUUUUGCUUCGGUGAGAACUUUGGGCGGAUGCCAAACGGUUUUGUAGAAAGAGAAAAGGAAUGUGUUUCGUUACGAUACAAUCUCUGAUAUCUUCUGAUAUUGCUCAAACCCAUGAGGAUAUGCACUUUAUGAUGCUUUCAUCUAUGGCCGAUGGCUGUGGUGUAAGAUCUUAGGAUCCAAGAGCUGUCAAUUACAGUACAGGACAAGAAGAGAGAAUUUUGGCAGGUCAGCUCCCACCCCAGUGACACUACAACAAGAACAGCUUCAUCUACUGAAAUGCUCCUCCUUAUGACUGUUAAAUGCAAAAUAGCCUGGCAGAGUGGUUAUCUACUCCCCUUAUUCUGGUUCUGCCUGCAGAUCUACUCUUCAUUACAUGAAACAUUUUUAUUUUAUUUUUGCUUCUCUGAGGAUGCUGUCCAUAAGGCAUAAUCAUAGUCUAGGUGACAGGUUUUCCAACCCAAGCACCUGAUCUUGGCUCUUGAGAGCCUACAUGUUACUCUCCCUGGCACCUAAAAUGGAAUGGUGGCUUGAGGCAUAACCUCUGGAAUGUAUCCCCUUCUUUGCUAAGGAAGCCUCUGAUGUCAAAAUUCCAUCAUAUGUAAGUAACAUUUGUGAUCUGCCUUUAAUAACCCCAGGAGAUGUGAAGGCGCUCAACUUUUUUGUAUACAUCUAUUUAUUUUGUAUAUUUUCAUGAGUCAGAAAAUCAACUUGCCUUCCCUGCCCAGUUAUAGGAGGAGAUGGUUUUCUAGUGCAAUGUGCAUGGAUAAUUUAUUUAAUGAUGUCAGGAUGAAUGUUGUAUGAGUUGGAAAAGAGAGUUCAAUAACAAACACAAAACUGUUCCAGAAUAUAAAAUGAAGCAGAUUUUGGCCAAAAUCCACAGUGAAAGUGUAACUGAGGUGCAGGAUUUGUGCUUUCCUCUUUAGUUCUGACCUUGCACUAUUCCUGACCCAGCCCCUGUCACCAAGUAAUGAAUAAGAGAUGCAUCUUGCUGCACAGGUUAGUCUUGCAGUGGAGAGCUAAAGAGGAUGCUGUUGUGCUCAGCUUCUAAAACAUAAAUGGGGCUAGAUGAGGGUUCCCAUGCAGACUUUGCAGAGCAAGAGGAGAGCAUAGUCAGCUAGGAUUUUUGUUUUUAUUACUGGCCUAUUUAUGUUCAUGGGUUACACACACACACACACACACACACACAAAACAC